GCUUUGUUUUGGUUCUGAUCCGUGCCGCAGCCGGCUCUCCCUCAGAGCCGCCCCUGCGCGCUCGAGGCUUGCCCAGUGACCGCUGCCGAGCCAACUGCCUGUGCUUCGCCGGGAGCGGCAGAUCUCGGCGGCUGUGGCACUAUGCUUGCCGCCUUCGCAGGGAAGUGCCUGGGAAGGCUGCUGCUGCUUUGCCUCUACCUCAGUCUCUUGGGCGGGAGCCCAGCAGAUCCAGCUAUGACUAUGACAACACAAGAUGCAAGCAGUCAGUCUCAGGCAAACUCUUUGACUAAUAUGAAGAAUGGACUUAAUGAGUCAUUUCCUGAACCCAUGGCAACUACACAAAUUGUCAGUUGGCAAACACAGGGGCGCCCUUUGGAUCCUGUGACACUUGGACGUGAAGUGUCUGUACCUGGUCCGAAUCUUGCCACAAAAGAGUCCAGACAGACAAGCAAUCAGAGUGUCACUUCUGUGCAGUAUGAGUUACUCCUACCUGGUGCUUCUGAUACUUCUGUGGAAACAACUAUCAGUUUGGAAAAGGUAGUUGAAGUUGAACUUACUUGCAUAUUGGACAAGGAGUAUUCUUAUUUGAAAAGUUUUCAAGUGACUUGGAGGAGGGGAAAUGAAACAAUCAGUCAUACCAAUAAAACUGAUAACAGCUGGAGCAUCAAAGUUAGUGUCUCAGACAGCAGUAAGUUGGGAAGUUACAACUGUACCCUGAAAGGUGAAAAACAGCUCAGUGGUAUUUUUCACUUACAAGUACCGAAAAUUGAACGAAAAGGAAAACCCACGAUCAGUUACCUUAGAGAUACAGCUGUAAUGACUUGUGAAUGUCCUGGCUAUACAGCCAUUUCUUGGACCUGGUAUAUGACCAAUGGAAGUAAACAGAUUGUCAUUAAUGAGUCUUUGCUGGCAGACAGGUAUGUAAUUAGUAAAAAGUCUGCCAGUAUAACCCAUCUGAAGAUACUGAAGGUCACCAAGGAGGAUGGUGGUGAAUAUUGGUGUGAAGCUACUUUUGAAUUAGGGAAAAGUAAAGGAAGACUGGAGCUUAAAGUUCUGUCCUUCAUGGUGCCUCUCAAACCCUUCAUAGCAAUUGUGAUUGAAGUUGUUAUUUUCGUAGCUCUCAUUGUCUGUUACGAGAUAUAUUCAACAAAAGUAAAACAUAAAGAAGCCGAAAAAGAAUUUGACCAAAUUGAGCAUCUUAAAUCAGAAGACGGUGGUCUGGAAAGCAGUGAAGCUAGGCAGAGAAGAGUUUGAUCUGGUGCAUAAGAAGGAGAUUUAGUACAGCAGAAAUGGAAAUGAUCACAAAGCUACAGAAGUAUGCAGCUGUGCAUUUUAAACGUCCACUAUGCUUCUAAGUAAACUCCUCUACACUUUAAGAAAAUAAGAUGCUUUAAAAAUAGCUGUCAAACUGCUUAUUUUAUACAGAUGAUAAUGUGUUCCAAUGUACUGCAUUUAGAUCUCUGCUGUCUGUAACAUUUGUUAUUUUACUAAAAAGCUUUUUUUUAUGUGAUUAGACUUCCUGUUGUUUGACUGAUGUCUUUGAUUUUAUGUUCUAAAUUGGAACUAACUUCGCAUUCAUUGAAUGAACAGAUGAUAUAGAAUGGGCCUAUAAGUGUUACAAGGCUGGGCUUGUAAGAUCAAAAAAGUAUUUCCACCAAAGACAAAGCCUUUUACUAGAAGAUGAAGCGAAUGUGACACGGCCAUUUCUUAUGACAGAAAUUGUCAAAGGGAAAUCUUUAUCAUUAUUUAAGUUACACAUUAACAGGUUUGCAGUUUGCUCUGAGCAGUAAAAUGUCUUCAUUCUGACUUUUCUUAGCUUCACUUAAAUGAGGAAGAUAGGUACAUUCUGAAUACUUAAGAUACGAAUUUUCUGAAGAUGUCCUGCCACAUAUAUGUACUACUAUACUGUUAUUCUAAAUAGGCUAAAUACUUACAGACUGUGCAGAUCAGAUAUUUCAGAGUAUUCCAGAGUAGAUGAAAGAAGCAAAGGGGAUACAGUACCAUAUCCAAAGAAACUGAAAUAAUUCUUUACACUUGUAAAAUUACUGCAGGAUCUGAGAGCUGCAAACCCAGUUUCGCGAUUGUAAUUUAUACAGAGCACAGAAAUUUCACAAAUACAACUAUGUGGUUCUUACAUCGCGUCUACUUGAUACCGUUUGCUUCUUGCAGCAUACUGUAUUGUUCCUUAAACUCCUCUUAAGGCACAGAGUAGAUCUUGAGCAGCUAAAAUUUUCAGAGUAUUACAAUAAAGCAACAUGAGUACUAGUAGUUCUCAUACACAAAAAGUUGUGACACUGCUGUUAUGACUUAAGAUACUGCUUUAGAGGAGGUAGUUGCCAUAAUUCUAAAUACACCAUUUACUUACACAAUUGGCAAUUGAAAAAGGUGCAGCUAAUAGAAUAUCAGUUGAUUGCCUUAGUAGUGUUUUCUUGCCAAUCUAAAAGAAAAAAAGAAAAACUUAAAUUUUAAGAAAGAGAAAAGUCAAGUCUUCAAAAUACUUUUCUCAAUAAAAAUGCAAGGAAAAAGGAGGCAGCAUUUGCAAACUCCCUAGGGAAAUGAAAGGAAAAAACAUCUAAACAGAACUUCCUCAAACUGGUCAUUUUUCUUUGAACAUAGAUAAAGGAAUACUGAAAAUAUGUUUAAUUCCCUUCCUUUAUUUUUCUGAUUUUACUGUUCUUAUGGAUUUGAAAAUAACAGAAAGCCUAGCAUUAGCUGUUGGAGAUGAGGGGACAAAAUCCAGUCUGAUACAUGCUUUUUUGUUUUCAUUGUUUGUGUCUUUAAAAUUACAAGUUAAAGGACAGGUGGAAAGCGAUGGGAAGUAUAUAAGCAUUAAGUGAUUGACUGUAUAAGGACUGAACACUGAUAAAGAUUUCCCUUUCUAAGGUACUGUGUUUAUUGUAUUUUGCCUUGAAGUUUCUAUGCAGUGUAAAAACUAUAAUGCAUUUACAGCUUUUCAUGCAAAUUUAUUGUUGCUAUAAAGUUGUUUUGUUGUACCAAGUAAAUGGUUUGCAGUUUGGAAAGACUUACUUCUGUAUAUUGCUUGAAACAAUUUUUGUAGUUAUUUCAGUAGUGAAAAAGAGUAAGCUUAAAUAGAUCUAAGAAUUAGAUUCGGAAUAAAGCAGGAUUAGUAUCUCUUUCAACAAAAAGGAGGCUAUGUACUAUCUGGAAAAAAGACCACCUUUUAAGCAGAAAUGGUAACAACUUAUUUCUGCCUUCACGGAGCAUUCCUGUCUGAUACUGAAACUGUGGUAUGAGGUCUUGGCCAACAUCAGCCAGACUUAAGAUAUUUUUUUGGUGUUAGCAAAAAAGGGUUGCACUGAAGGUAAGCAGGAACUGGGAAACCUGGAUUAAGCAUGGAUUUUACGUCUGUGAUGUGUUUCUCCUAUCAGGACUUUUGGGGUUGGGUCAAAUUGGCUUCUGUAACAAUUGUUUUGUCCUGAACUACCUCUAGCAUGUUGUGUUUGCCAUGUCUGCAAGGGGUUUCCCAUUUGGUUUUAGGUUGGUAAGUAGCUUUUCAUAUUGGUAAGUGGUUUUAUUCAUCGUAUGUCUGCUUAGUUUUAAAACUUGGGUUCCCCUACAAAGGGCAAUAAAUAGUAUUAAAGGAUACAUAUUAGAAAACUGGCAUAAUUAAUGGUAUCUCCUACAAACAACAGGGCUAAUUGUAAGAAUCCACAAAAUUAGUUUUAAUAAGGUACACUAAUCCAUAAUUGACCUAAUUGUUAGGCUCAGCUGUAUACAUUUGUUGGGCUAAUCUUGUCUUCCAAGAUGAAAUCGUUGUUUUCAUGCAAGAGUUCAUUGGUUUCUAUACCAAAAAAGCCUUAUCCAUUUUUUAGAGGAAAAGACUGUAAGGUCUGCAAAACAAUCCUGAAGGGCUGUUUCCUAAUACUUCAAAGUGGUCAAUGCAAAUUCCUCCUGUACAUAGGUCCAAAGUAAACGCAAGCAGCUGUGAGGCCAGAUUCUGUGUGAAGAUUGACAAAUAAGAGAGUUUCCAAGCUUUGAGCUCAGAUAGAGCUGUAAGACUGUUUCUUUAGGAUGGAGAACCUAAGAAUUACCCAAUAGUGGGCCAAGAUAAUUGAUUACUUACAGGUCAUUUGACACAUGCAGUCAUGAGGAAGAGCGGGAAAACCCAUGAGUAUUGCUGUUGAUACUGAAAUCAGCAUCUGUGUGCCAUUAACUCUUUCAGCCAAAGAAAAUGAUGUUUGUAUCCUGCUUUAAAUUCACCCUCAUAGCUUUCCCACGCUGACUGUUGAGCAAUUAGAAGGAAACUGAUUGGUGUCUUAACUGUAGGGAGAUUUCUUGAGUGGAAAGGUCCUUUAAGUGUUGAGCUACGCAGCACAUGCAGGCUCACCAUGAUUAACUGUAUCAUGUUGCACUUAUAGCUGACAGCUCCCCCAGAUUAGGAAUGGGCAAGGAAUGAGGAAAAAUCAGUUGAAGAAUAGUUGUGAGGACAUGGGAAGGACCUGCAGUUAUUCUGCAGGGGUCCUGAGGGACAGACAGCAGGAACUGAGAUGACUUGCAGUUAAGAUGUGUACAGGGAAGACAGUACAAAUCUGUAGGAAAAAAAAGCCAAUUUCUUUCUAACUCUGCCAUUCAGAAUGUUUGUGUAGGAAGUUCUGUACAGUGACUGAAAGCAGUCUGCCAUUGCUCAGCACUUGCACAGGUGAAAAAAACAAGUGAUAAAUCUUUCAUUGGAAGCAAUAUCCUUGAAAAAUGUUUCUCCUCUGUUUUUAAAUAGUUUUGAAGUCUUGUUAUUAUUCUUACCCAGUUCGUAUAUAUCUAAUGCAUUAAACAACUUGUUACUGAAACUGAGUUUAAAUUUACUGUUGGUAAGUUCAUUUUUGUAGUUGAAUUGUGUAAGACUUCAUACUUGUUUGUUACAUCUUAGCCAAAAUGGUUGUUUUAUUUCCAUAUGGAAACAUAAUAUGAUUUGUUUCUCCAUUCUGCCUUUCAUUUAACCAAAGAAAAAUUUGGGGUUUAUUUAUUUCCUUUUUUUUUUUUUUUUUUGAUUACUGCUAGGGUAAUACUUCUGUCAACUGACUUGCUGGAUUAUUUUCAAAUUGACAUUAGAAGUUACAUAAUAGUGCCUUAAAGGAAUUUGUUUACUGUAGUUAACUUCUAUUCUCUCAUUUGCAAUAUGCUUGUUAAAAGUUUCAGAGGAAACCUGGCAGCAAAAUCUAUUUUUCUAAUGAACAACUAAGCUUAAUGCUUUUAUCACACUUGCCUUAUUUUUACAUUCUGAUUUUAUACUUUGUGCUCACUCAACUGUUCUAUUGUUUUGCUUGAUCUCUAAAAUGUAUACAGAAAUUGAAAUAGCCUCUGUUUGAUGUAUAUGAAAUAACAAGGAGAGUAGUUAUGAGUAGUGUGAAUUGUUAAUACUGUACUUACAAAUAAUUCUAAUAAACUUAACCAUUAAGAAGCCA